AUGCAACAGGGAACAAACGGAAGAAGUGGAAAUCCUUUAGAGCCAAUAAAUUCAGAUUCAGAGAAGAAUUCAAUCAGUGACCUUGAAGAAAUGCCUGAGUUUCUGCCAAAUUGUGCUGAAGGCUGUUUGAAACCUUUCCUUCUUACGAUACGCGCAAGUUUUGUUUCUGGAAACAACUACGAACGUUUGGUGAACACAUGCGAGAAAUUUCACGAAGUAUAUGAAUGUAUGGAUCGUUUAAAGAAAUGUCAGCCGAAUUAUUUCUUUCGCAUAUUUAUGGAUGGCUUUGAGUAUAUGUGUAUCGAACAUCCUGCCGACUGUGAGCAGAAGUGUAAAGCGCAUAACUUAAUUGCUGGCUGGUUCAUUUAUUCGGCAAUGCAUUCCACCAAGCUUCUUCAUACCGGAGCAAAUGGUGCACCGCCACGCGUUAAUAUUGGUUUUCUUCGUAAAAUUAUUUCUGAAGCUUGCUCGAUUGUACAGUGCUAUUUCCUUUGUUUAAAAACAAAAUAUAAUGCACGUUGUCAUGGUAUUGCUGGUAACUUGCUUAUGGUAAGCUUAAUUAACCAUUUUCGUAUUCAAAUGGAAGUAAUGGUAAGACCAAUAUAUCGAAUGCAUAAUUCGAUGUUAUUAAGUCCAUUUUGGAAUGUAAUGAGAUUGAUGCUGCCUUCCCAGUGCAAUUUCAUAACGGCCGACGCGGAGAUCUCUUGGCAGAGAAUCAGUCCGAAGCUGGAUAAAGAUUUAAAGAAGUUUUAUAAGAAUCGAACAGAACCGUUGAUCAAAUUGCGUCCUCCAGUACAUAUUCUAAAUUUUUACAAUUUUAUUUACAUCAAACCAGAGAACUUCACUGAACUUGAGAAAUCUCUAUUUCGGCAGCGAACAAAAAGGAAUAAUAAAGAGAUUAACAUAGAAACUUUCAUUACGGUGAAGAAGAGAAACGAAACAAGAAAUAUUACACGUGACAAUAUUGGUUAG